AUGGCCGACGAGGAGAAAGAGAAAGCAGAGAAGCUCGCUGCGGCGAAGAAAAGAUUCGAGCAACUGAAAAAGGAGCAGCAGAAGAAGGGAAAGAAAGGCGGGAAGAAGAAGGCUGCCGACAGAGCUGAAGAGACGAGACAAGAAGAGGAAGCAGAAGAUACCACAGAAGCAGCUGCAGCAGACCAGGCAGUGGAUGAAGAUACCAAAGUCGAGGACGCCGAGACAGGAGACGCUACAGAAGCAACAUCCGAGUCGCAGAAGUCGAAGCAUCGUUCAGAGUCCUUCCGGCAAGGCUCUGGUCCUCAGGCUGAAGUUCAAGAGCUGUAUCGUAAGCAGGCUUCUCGGAUUGAAGAGUUGGAGAGGGAGAACCAGACACUCAAGGAGCAACACGAGCAGGGCACUACUCACCUUGCAAAGGCUGAGGAGGAGCUGGAGAGUCUUCGCGAAGGGAGCAGCGAUGUAGCCGAACUACGCGCAAAGGCCAAAGAAGCAGAUCGCCUGACCACAGAGCUGGCGUCUGUCCAACGCCAACUCUCCCAAGCACAACAAGCCGCCAAAGGCCCAGCGCGCAGACAAUCAGGCACGUCCCCGGACGUCAGCGAGCAACUCGCCAGCAAAACCUCCGCCAUCGAGUCCCUCGAACUCGACAUCAGCAACCUCCGCAACCAAAUCUCCACCCUCGAAACCACCCUCUCGGAACGCGACGCCUCCUUCAAAGACCUCACCGAACGCGCCCAAACCGCCGAAACAGCGACCGAGUCCGUCCAAAAAGAACUCGACGCCCUCAAAGUCUCCAUCGCCUUCCCCUCCGACGAAACCAAAGCCGCGGCCGAAGACCCCGAAGCCCUCACCAAACGCAUCGUGGUCCUCGAAUCCGACCUGCGCACCGCCAACACCAACCUCGACGCCGCCGCCUCCCGCGCAACCAGCCUAGAGCAGAAAAUCGAGACCCUGACGAAACUCCACAAAGAAGCCACCACAACCUCCCAACACAAAGAUAAAGAGCUAUCGGACCUCCGCGCGCAACUGAAGAAGCGAGACCGCCCCUCCCACGUCCGCGACGCCUCGGAAUUCGAGCUGGGCGAAGAAGAAACCGAGUCCGGACACCUGCAGACGCGGAUCCGCGCCUUGGAAGCGGAGAAUUUCGAUCUGCGACGAGGGGUCUGGAGGGAUAAGAGAGCGGAAUUGCAGCCUGGUAUGGACGAUGGCCCGCAACCAGGCUACGAAGACGUCGAUCUCAACGGUCCCUAUAGUCCCGGUCUCGGACGAGGCGGUGCAGGUGGUGGGGGGCACAUGCCCGGUCGCCAGACGAGUACGUUCCAGGACGUUAUCACGAGUGGAAUAUCGGCUUUUACGGGUCGGACGAGGGAGACGCCUCACGGUGGGAAGCCUGCCGGGGGAAGGGAUCGGGCGGAGUCGGUUGGUCUUAUGAGUGAUGAUGGAGGGUUCGAUGAGGAGGCUCUCAGGCUGGCGCAGGAAGAGGAGCAGAAGCGGAGGAUCGAGAGGGUGAAGGAAGUGAAACGAGGUUUAGAUCAGUGGAAGGGGUGGAGAGUAGAUAUCGCGGAUUUGAGAAGGAAUGGAUUAGGUCCGGGCAAGGAGACGGGUCCCGUGUUCGAGAUCUAG